UAAAGCAGGAUUCAGGACUGUUUGUUUUUCCUUCCAUAUCGUCACAUUUUCCGUUCGGAAAAAAAAGUGAACUUAAAACUUUUUCCAUGGAUCAUAACAAGAGAAAACAGUUUAGGAGAUAUCUUCACCACUCAGGGGUCAUUAACUCCCUAACAAGCGCAUUGGUGGCACUUUAUGAGGAGAGCGAUAAACCAGACGACGCAAUGAAUUUCGUGACGAAUCACCUGAGCGCACAGCUUUCUGAGGCGCUGAGUUCGGAAAAAACCGAGCUGCAACGCAGGUGUGAGCGCCUCACGGAGGAGAACAAGGAGCUGAGGAGCAAGCUGUUGCAGUACGAGACGCCACCUGAGGAGAGAGCAGCGGAGUAAAAGCGAGGGGUUGGUUUUUAU